CUUUAUGCAUGUUGCUAGUUUUCUUCAUGGAAAGGAGAAUGAAUAAUAAUUUUUCAGUUAAGACUGGACAAGGUUGAAAAUUUUUUGAAAGUAGCUGAAUCCGUUGGUAUUGACCGUACUGAAAUACCUAAUUUGAAACGAGCGCCGGCCUCAUUAUUAGAAGCAUUGGAAUCACAUUUAAUUUAUUUGGAAGGUGGCAAAGUACCUCCAACCACUCAUCAUGAACAGUUCACGGAAGCAAUGGCACAAUCGACACCGCUGUUUUCUUCUACACAAGCCGGAGUUAUAGAUGAUUCAACGAAACAAAAGUACCUGGACGAAGAAAAAGAACGACUGCGAUUAUUUGAGCUGCAGGAACAAAGAAGAAGACAAGCAGCAGGAGGUCUUUGUACAACAGAUGUAAAUGCGUGUUCUUUCAAUCCAUUUGCUACUGUAUCACCUGCAGCACCAGCUGCAGUACCAGGAGUGGCAGCUCAGCCGUCAGUCAGUUCAACAGGUUCUGCAUCGUCCUCUAAACCAAGUGACGAUUUACUUGGUCUUUUUGAUAUGAUGCCAGCUGCUGGCGGAAUCGCAGCUACAUCGGGAUAUAGAUCUAAUGCUGUACCGCAACCGUUCGCAUUAGAUCCAACUAAUCCUUUUGCACAAAGUGUUUUGCAACAGCAAGCAACACCGGUAAUAACAAAUCCAAUGCCUGGAGCUGGAUUUCCAGGAUAUCAAAAUGUUGGCUCGACAAAUGCUUUCGGCGCAGAUUUUGCUACCGCUUUUAAUGUUGGAGCUGCUACUAAUAAAAGCAACGUUGGAUUCAAUCCAUUUUUGGUCGGUGGCACCACGGAUCCGCCAUUCAUUCCACAAUGCCCUAUAAGAAAUGAAGGUAGCGAAAAGCAGUGGUCUGCAAAUGUGCCAGAAAAUGCAAAUGUAGCAGCAGGCUGGUCUGCUUUGAAUCCUCAAGCUGAUUUGGGAGAUAAAAAAGCUGUGUCUUGGAAUAAAACUGCUGAGAGCAGCGAAAGUGGAGAUGAAGCAGUCGCAAAUACGGGAAAUGUUUCGCUGCAAACAAGUGAAGUUAUCAACUUAUCGCCUCGCAAUCCUUUCGAAACACUGCAUGAAAAUGCUGGAGGUAAUUUUUCCAAGUCUUUGCGUUUGGGAUAUUUCAAUGCCAAACUUUCUGUUCGGAAUGGUAAGAAUUUACUUGUACGUAUUAGUAGCUGAUU